AUGCCAGCACCAGCCAACCAGCCAACCAAUCACCCAACUACCCAGCCAGUCAGCCAAGCGGCAGCCCAUCCAAGCUAUCUUCUUGGACCCGGAUGGCACCCGUCAAGGUUCCGUCCGCUCUUUGUCAUGAAAGAGGGCCUGGAAUCGUCGAUUCAAGCGGUGAGGGGGGAUUGGUUUGGAACUUGGACGAUUCAGAGAAGAAUAAACAGCUCUCGCCCACCUUACGAGAGCUACCCCUCAUUCUCAGGGUUCCCCUCCCCCUAUUCUUUGUAG